UCUCAAUCUAUACCACACCGCCUGCAUAUGGUAUCAAGGAAGCCCGGUGCGGUGUGGUAUAGAUUGAGAUGUUGUGGUGACUGUAGCGAAUAGAUGGGGAUUGGAUAUUCUCAGGGCCCAGAGAUUCGUAACGCCAGAACGUCCAGUAAGAGGAAAUAGUUACAGAUGGAGAAAUGCUUACUUGGCAGGUCAAGGACAGCAGUGAAACCGUAAGAGUGGUGUAUCAAGCAGGAGAAGAACGCCAGCGGUGCGAUCAACACGUGAAAUAUCAAUACCCAGUAUAAUGGGAUCUGAUUUGCGAUGUCGGAAGCUCUGCAAUUUUCCUCGGUAGUCUAAGGUAGUCUACUGCUAAAAUGUGACGUUUCAAUGACUCCAGGAGCAGGUGCGAGUGCGAUUGGCGGUACUUAAAAGCCAUUCAUAGCUUCGAUGUCUGUUAUCUUCCCUUAAAAAUCAUGUUACAACUACCCGACCUGCGCAUUUCUGACAACGCCCGGCUCGUCCUCGAUACCGCGGCUUGUUUUGUGGUAGUAGCAGUGAUCGUUCGAGCUUACCUUUUUAAGUCAGACAGUGGUCUUCCUCUUCCACCAUCCCCUCCCAGUAGGAGACUUCUGGGGCACUUCGUACCCGAUCACCAGCCAUUUCUUACUGUAGCGGGAUGGCUCGACGAGUACGGUCCUCUGAUCACCAUUCGCUUAGGAACUGAGAGAGUCGUUGUUAUCGGUCGUCACAACUGGUGGGCUAUCCAACCUCCUCUCACCAGCUGGGGUCAGGUUCCGUCGGAUGCAGCACUUCAUGCGCAUCUUCAGCCUAAAGCAGCCGAGGAAUAUCAACCCCUCCAGAUGUCACACGCAAAGAACACCGUCCUCAGCAUUCUGGAAGAUCCAUCCAACUUCCAGAAUCACGUGGGAACUCAUGCUGCGACGGUCAUUACGAAAGUUGCAUACGGUAAGAGUACGCCAACGUCUGCGACUGAUCCCGAAGUCAAACGACUUCGCGAGCACAUGCGGGUAUUUCGUACAACCUUACGGCCCGGUGCUUACCUGGUGGACUCGAUCCCGUGGCUCAAAUAUCUUCCUUGGUAUGGCCGAGAAUUGAAACGGGCGUUUCAGGACAGCAAGCAGCUCUACACCACUCGCUUAAACCGCGUGAAACAGCAAAUACAGAGCAAUGAGGACGUUGGUCCUUCGUUUGCAAAAUAUAUGCUACAAAAUAUUCAAUAUCACAACCUGACAGAGAUAGAGAUGGCCUUUCUUGCUGGUGGCUUCUUUGUAGCUGGAAUUGAUACGACUACUUUGUCAAUAUGCACGAUUUUCAUGGCAGCCGCAUUGUUUCCCGAGGAGCAAGCAAAAGUCCAGGCCGAGCUUGAUGCGAUCGUCGGAAGGCACCGAGCACCGACCUUUGCUGAUGAAAAGUCCCUUCCUCGACUGCACGCCUUCAUCUCUGAGACUUUGAGAUGGAGACCGAUGCUUCCCAGUGGUGGGAUGUCAUUUGGGCAUGUCAUUUUCGAACUACUUAUCGUGCGAUUAGUAAUCUUGCGUCAGGGAAACUAUCGCAUUCCAGCUGGGACUACCGUAGUUGGCAAUCACUGGUCCAUCUCUCGAGAUCCAGACGUCUUCCCCGAACCUCAUGCGUUCAAGCCUGAGCGCUGGAUCAACGACCAAGGUCUCUUUAGGGACGAUCUAAAAUUCUUCGUCUAUGGGUUUGGUCGGCGCGCAUGUCCCGGUCAAUAUUUAGCGAACAGAUCGAUGUUCAUAAACACGGUCCUUACCCUUUGGGCUUUCCAGCUGACUCUGGAUCCUACGAAGCCACUGAAUGACAUGGGGUACAUGAGCGGGGCGAGUCGACCAUGCACUAUUGAGUUUAAAACGAGGAUUCCAGAGACGGAGCUCAGGCGCAUGAUGCAGAAUUAUCCUGAGGUCGCCUGA